AUGGAUGGGAACCCCUCAAUCUUGGGCUCCCAUGGGAUUCUGGUACCUGGGGAUCUUCUAAUGGGAGCAGUGAUUCCCAUUCACACUGACAGGAUUUUCCCCUUGGCCACCUAUAAAGAGAAACCAACCCCAGAUAUCUGCAAAAGGUUCCGCCUUGACUUCUAUCAGCAGUUCCAGACCUUCAGGUUUGCGGUGGAAGAGAUCAACAGAAACCCUGAACUCCUACCCAACAGUACCCUGGGUUUCUAUGUCUAUGACUCCUGUGCUGUUCUCCAAAGAGAGUUAGGGGGAACAUUAUGGAUGAUAACUGGUCUGAACCAAGUGAUACCAAAUUACUGCUGCCAGGUACAUCCUCCUCUUACUGCUGUCAUCGGUCACUCAACAUCCACAUUCUCUAUCCUCGUGGCUCAUAUCAUGGGAUUGUACAGAUUUCCACAGGUAAGCUACUAUUCUACCAGCUCUCUCUUGAGUGACAAGAGACAGUUCCCUUCCUUCUUUAGAACCGUCCCAAGUGAUGACUUUCAGGCCAGGGGACUGGCACAAAUGGUGCUGCAUUUUAAAUGGAAAUGGGUGGGGCUUAUAGCUUCUAAUGAUGAUUAUGGCACCGAAGUGAUAGAGGUCAUCAGACAGGAGGUCGUGAAAGAAGGAGCUUGUGUGGCCUACACCGUGUAUAUUUCAGACAACCUACUUAAUCAAAAUCUACCAAACAUUGUUAAAACAAUAAAGAAUUCAAGUGCUAAUGUCCUAAUUGUCUUCUCAGUUGACUUCUACUUAUUUCCCCUUCUGGAUGAGAUGCUGAAACAAAAUGUAACUGGAAAAACGUUUGUUGCCAGUGAGGCUUGGUCCAUUUCAAACCUUUUAGCAGUGAAUAAAUAUGUCUCCUUACUGUCUGGGACUAUAGGCUUUGCCUUUUUCAGCUCUGAAAUCAAAGGUCUUCAAGAGUUCCUCAACUCAGUGACUAUCUACAAUACCCCAGGGAUAUACUGGGCAAAAGAGUUAUGGGAAGAAGUUUUUGGGUGCACAUUUGCUGACCAGAAGAACCUCACCGUUACACUGAACAUGAAAAAACAAUGUACAGGAGAAGAACAUCUAAGUUCUGUGCAGAACAUCUAUAAUGAUGUGUCCAGAUUAAGAGCCUCCUACAAUAUCUAUACUGCGGUGUAUGUGAUAGCAACAGCUCUGCAUGACCUCAGGCAAUGCCAGUCCUUGGGUGGAGCCUUGGUUGUAAACAAUUGUUUCGAUAUAGGAUAUUUCAAACCAUGGCAGCUGAUGAGUUAUUUUAGGAAAGUCCGAGUAACACUGAACAACGCUCAAGAAGUUUUCUUUGAUAAGGAUGGAAACCCACCAGCUAUUUAUGAUAUAGUCAACUGGCAGUUGGGAUCGGAUGGAACCAUCAAGCAAGUGAAAGUGGGAAGCUACAACACUAUGAAUUCUUCUGGGGAUGUAUUCAGCAUCAAUACCACAUUGAUAUGGUGGGCUACAGGGAAUCAGGGGGUUCCAAAUUCUGUUUGCAGUCAGAGUUGUCCAGAGGGGUUCAAACAAUCCUUAAAAGAAGGAGAGCCAGUGUGCUGCUUUCAGUGUAGCCCCUGUGCUCAAGGUGAGAUCUCCAAUCAGACAAAUGCCAUUGAGUGCUGGAAGUGCCCCUGGGACAUGUGGCCCAACAGUAAAAGAGACAGAUGCUUUCUAAAACCCAUUGAGUUUCUUUCCUAUGAGGAUUACUUGGGCAUCACCCUGGCAACAAUCAGUACUUUCUCCUCUAUGGUCCCAAUUUCUGUCUUUCGGCUUUUCAUUCAGUAUAAAUCCACCCCAAUUGUGAGAGCCAAUAACUAUUCAGUGAGUUGUAUUCUCUUAGUAUCUCUGUCUUUCUGCUUCCUCUGUGCUUUGGCUUUCAUUGGUUACCCCCAACCUGAGAAGUGCCUUCUGCGCCAGGCGGCAUUUGGCCUUGUCUUUACCCUCUGUGUAUCCUGCAUUUUGGCCAAAACUGUUAUUGUUGUUUUUGCCUUCAUGGCCACUAAACCCGGGAGCAGCCUCAAAAAAUGGACAACUCCCCGUGUGCCCUACAUGAUCAUUAUUUGUUGCACCUUCAUACAACUCACUUUGUGUGUGUUUUGGUUGACCAUCUCCCCUCCUUUCCUCCAGUUCAAUAUUGAAGCCAAACCAGGAAUCAUUGUUGUAGAGUGCAACGAAAAUUCUCCAUUUGCCUUCUGGUGCAUGCUGGGAUAUCUUGGAUUUUUAGCCACUGUCAGUUUCACUGUAGCUUUCCUGGCCAGGAGGCUCCCAGACAACUUCAAUGAGGCCAAACUAAUAACAUUCAGCAUGUUGGCCUUCCUCAGUGUGUGGGUGUACUUUAUCCCAGCCUCUCUCAGUGCCCAGGGCAAGUAUACUGUUGCCAUGGAGAUCUUUGCCAUUCUGACUUCCAGUUGGGCCCUUGUGUUCUGCAUGUUCCUCCCCAAAUGUUUCAUCAUAUUGUUCAGACCCGACAUGAACUCUAGAGACAACUUCAUGAGGAAGGAGGGAGGAGGGAAAUAA